AUCUCACACCACCUCCGAUCCCAUCUUCCUCCUCCACCCUCACAGCCACCUUCCAUUACAUGUCUUGCUUGGGCCUCAACAGGCAACUUCCAUUACCCACCAAGAAGGCCUGGAGAAAACUCGCCUCCAAAUUCCGGACCAAGCAGUUCAAGAUCAGGCGUCCCAAGUCCCUCACCGCCAUGCUCCGCCGGAGAACUCGGACGGCUUACCGCCAAGCCUGCGUCGACCACAACCACCGGUACUUCGCGCCGGUGUACGUGGACAGGCCCUACAUCCAGCCCAUGCAGGCGCGUGAGGAGACGAACCACGAGGCCAUGGCGGCGUCGAAGAACAACACCACCACAAACGAUCGUUCGCACCUGUUCGUGGGAGCUGCUUCUGCUUCAUCUUCACGAGUGGUGGAGGAGAUCGGUGGGGUGGAUCUGCGGGCUGAGAUGUUCAUAAGGAAGUUUAAGGAGGAGAAGAAGCUGGAGAGGCAAAGGUCGGUCGAGGAAUACCGGGAGAUGCUGGCGAGAGGAGUUUAGUGUUGUGCAGUUGGAUCGAUUAAUAGAGCUGCUCGUGUUCAUUCUUCUUUGCACAUCUUCAUGUACUUGCUAAGAUUCCGAUCUGUAUCAUGCAGGUUGUGUGCAGUUCUUCCCAAAGUAUGUAAAAGACCAGAAAACUUAGAAUCU